AGACGACAAGAGAUUCAAGCAGAUCGGGGCAAGAUGUCGGAGGGAAUGAGGCUGAAGGGAUGGGCGCUGUCCGCGAAAGCUCUGGCGGGGAGCAGACUCCUUCGGAGAAGAGGAGCGAGCGACAGAGGAUGGUGCGAGAGGAGGUGGCGGAAGGAACCCUCGGCAUGAAGAGGAUGAGAGGAAAAUCGGAGGCGGUGAUGGACGGGAAUGGAGGUGACGUCGGAGAACGUGCCUCGGGAAAGAGGCCGCUGAAGGAAGAGGGUGGGACGACAAGUAAGAAAGCGAGGAGGCCCGGCGGUUUGACCAUCCGCGAAGGACAAGCCGUGGGUGGAGGAGAUUCAGCUGAUCCAGGCGCUGAGGCCGCGAGAGAACCUUCGGGGAAAUCGAAACGGAAAGUGGCAGCUGAAGAAGGCGAUGGCCAGAAGAAACCUCGCAGGCGGAAGACUGCUGAGGCGGCGAGUGGGGACGAACGACCUGACAGGGACGAGUGCGACGAAGCGGCAGCGUUCUGGCUCGAAUACGAGCGGAACGAUGGCGGUGAAAUCGUGGAGAAGGAGCUCCCCGUCCAACUGCUCAUCGACCCCAGGAAGGUCUGCGACAUCCCGUCUUGGGAACGAUAUUACAACCACCGCAGUCUAACUCGCGAAACUGUGGACGACAUCAAGUCUGCGAUGCUUAGUCAAUUCCGUGAGAAAAGGGGGAAGAUCUGGAUGAAAAACCCUUUGGUUCUGGCACCCAUCUACAAGCCGGUGACGCAUAGGCCGGAGAAAGCUGACAGGGUUCACAAAGAUGUCUGCAAGCCAGAGGACAAGGACAAGUACUACUGUUACCCUGUUAACGGUCACCACACUGUGGCUGUUGUGAAGGAGUUGGAGGGUGAGCCAAUAUUAGAUUUGUGGAAGAUGCACUCGCGGCCGGCGAGAGUAGUAUGGUUCUCCGACCAAGAUUUCGUGGGCUAUAGGCAGUGGAUGCCGCUCGUGACGGCCGGUGAUGACGUUUUUCACAAAGCCAUGGAGUUCUACGUGAAAUGGGCGGAGGAAAAGUUGUUGGGCGGCGACAGCAAGACGUCAUUGUCGAGGCCGGGCAAAUACAUGCCAGACAAAUCUCCAGGUCUGCAAGCAAUUCCGGAAAUGGGCUCGAAAGGGGCGGCUGGUGAAACGAAGAUGGGGUGGCUGGUCUGGGUCCCGCUUCCUACGACCAAAAAGAAAACGCAAGCGGACGACAAGUUUUUCGUGGUCGUGAAGGAGCCAGGCAUGUUCUGCUGGCAGUGUCUCGCCGACAUGACCGAUGUCGAGAAACUGUUGAUCCUUGACGACAUUCUCACGCUAAGGGGAAUGUUUGUGCAAUCCGUGGGCGGCCAUCUGAAGCGUCUGCGUAAACCAGGAAUUAAAGACAUGGUCGCGACAAGGAAAGUGGACCGUGUGAUGCUCCGUAUGUUCCACUACAUCUUGUUCCUUGAAACAGAGGAGGACGAACGUGUUUGGCGCCACGGGAGCCCUUUUUUUCGGACCAAGGGGAAGCUUCUGGAGGAGUUCAGGCCGCAGGGCCUCACGAAACAGGUGUGGGUCGGAAUGCGAAAGCAUUUCCAGGGCGCGGUGAAGUACGUGAACACUUGCAAACGUACUCUUCCACACGAGAAGGAGUCCAUCGACGACGCGAAGAGAUUGUACAAUGAUGACAGGUUCCCUAAAUCUUUUGAAAAGUCUGUCCAUUCCAUCUUGCGACGGAUGGAAGAAGAAGUUCGAGACACGAUCAGGGUCAGCGGGGAUGUGAGGCACAUUAAAUGGCCCGACCUUAACCGGGUGACCAGCCUUAUUCCUUUUGCUUUCCCGCCUUCCCAAGCUCACAGUCAUGUCACUGCGAUCUGUGAGGUUGUGCGACAUUACGUGUGCAACCUGUACGUCCUCGAUUUGUGUGAUCCCACACUCCUCACAGACUGGCGAGAAGAUGAUUUCGCCAACUUGCAAGGCCUUCUACAAACACUUUCGCUGACGCACUGGGCACUUGUGAUCUUUUUCCCCUCUCGUUGGGAGCUCAGUUUCUUGAAAGGCAUGGCCAGGCUUAGCGUCCAUCAUCAGGACAGGGAAGUGGGUACGUAAUGCACAAAAGCAGGCCACUGUCCGGGAAGGCAAUAUGCUGGUUGAGGAGUGUGACCGCCUGUACGUGAUA